AUGUCCUCUGGUGUUCUCUUGCUUCCUAAGUGUCCAGGUGGCCUGACCACAGACCUCCCAACAUGGACAUCGGACUCGGAGCCUUUCAUCAUAGCAGAAACUGCCCUCAUAUUCUGGUGGAUAGAUCUCGGAUUGGGCAAGCAUGCAAUCACCGUUCCGCCGGCUGACUUGGCUGAGGGCCCCAAGAUCAUCUUCAUCGCCGCCUUCUUGUACGAUUGCAACAUCGCACUCCCUAAGUUCUCAGCCCUCUUCUUCUAUCGUCGAAUAUUCGAACGCACUAGCAGGUGGCUCACGGUCACGCUGUGGACCGUUGCCGCCAUGAAUGCCGGCUGGUUGUUCUCCGCCUGGAUCAGCACCAUAUUCCAGUGCACGCCCGUCAACGCUGCGUGGGAGACUGUGCCGGAAUCGACCUGUAUCUCGCAGUGGACCUGGUUUCUGGGAACCGCGAUUCCCAGCAUAGUCAUUGAUUUUCUCAUCUUGAUCAUACCGUUGCCAAUGCUGUGGGGUCUUCAGGCCUCAGCUUCUCGCCGCAUCAUGGUUGGGGCGGUCUUCAUUUGCGGAUACUCGUAA